AUGAUAACACUCCCUCGGCAGUGGAGCGAUUGGUGCAGACUGUUCUAGAAAUAGAACUGCCACAGAGGCCCGCCAUGGUGGCUGCCAUCCAGUCACACCUGCUCUUUAACAUGCGGGAUUAG